GUAUGUGGAGAUCGUCUGUAGUUUCCUUAUCUUUUAACCUGAAAUCUGGAAUGUGAUGAUGAUUUGUUAAAAAAACAAAUGCAGUUCGACCGAUGAGACAAAGGUUGUGAACUAACGAGGACAAACAAGAAGCCUGACACACUCAACUGUGUGUGCAGUUUCAGUUUCCAGCCUCCUCACAGGGGAAACCACAGUCUGCUGGUUUGGUGUUUGGUGAACCCUGAUUGGCCGAGCUUUAAAAAAACUUUGUCUUCAUCUGACGCUCCACUUCCUCCCAGGAAGACAGUGAGCGACCUGUUGAGAAAGAGCGAGACAUCAGAUCGUCGUCGACAUGAAGACAAGCCCGACCUGACGACUCCUCGGCGGCCGCACACGCAGCUCGACGCAGCACACGAGUGUGGUUAUGCUAGCAUGAGCGUGUUGGAGCACGGCUGUCCACAAAGCAGCUGUUUGAGCUGCGUUACAGGCCUCCAUCUGCUCGCUCCUGCUGCCUGCAGGAAGUCGCUGUGAGCUGGACCAUGAGUGAAAGUAGAACUCUGCCUGAGGGCUGCGAGGGUCCCGUCCAGAGUCCCUGUCAGGCCUCGUACCGCUGGCACCGUCACAGGAAGCCUUGGCAGAGACCCAACCCCCAGCCAGCUCCUGAGCAACCCUUGGACCGAUACAAGUGGAGGACAUAUGGCUGCCUGGCACCAAGGGCAGCCAAGAUGGCCGUCCCUCAGGGCAAAGGACAUGACAGAGAGCCCCAUCACCUGCGGCUGCCUAGCCUGCCGAGGUUCAACACCACAGAUCAGUUCUCUACGGGCCACGAAGGCCAGACGGGGUCCGGCUCUCUGCGCAGGAUCUUCCCCUACCUCAGGUCCCUGUCUGAGCCCGGUACAGGCCGCGACACCGGGAGGACGGCGCUCAGGAAGGUGGGAUCGGAUGCAGAGCGACGAGCUCCCUCCAUCGGCAGCUUCCUCACCUCGUUCUCCCGGAGGAUCAGCAGAGUCCUCAGGGACGAGCCCCAGACUGAAGGAGGAGAGUCCGAUGUUAAAGGCCCUCCGGCGCACCGUUUCUCCUGCGGGCAGAGUCCAUACACCAGCAGUGGAGCCUGGGAGAGGAAGCUGUGCAUCCUGACAGACAGCCAGCUCAUCCUGCUCACCAAGGACGACGAGGCUGCAGGGGAGGCCCAGGAGAGCCCCACGGACUCCUCCAAGGCACGAAGUCUGCGCAGGACCGUCAGCGUCCCCUCAGAGGGACAGUUCCCAGAGUUCCCAGCAGAGGGCGCUGCCAUGCUCGAAGUGUCUUCGGAGCGAUCUCCGAGGAGGAGGAGUAUCUCCGGUGUGGGCAGUUCGGAGAAGAGCAUCGCCGUCGACAAUCCAAACUCGUCGCCCUUUAAAGUUCCGGGGUUCUUCAGUAAACGUCUCAAAGGCUCCAUCAAGAGGACGAAGAGUCAGACCAAACUGGACAGAAACACCAGCUUCAGACUGCCUUCUCUCCGACCCGCCGAGGCUGACAGAUCUCGCGGGCUCCCUAAGCUGAAGGAGUCCUCCUCCCACGAGUCUCUGCUGAGCCCGGGCAGUGCCGUGGAGGCUCUGGACCUGAGCAUGGAGGAGGACGUGUUCGUCAAACCUCUGCACAGCAGCAUUCUGGGACAGGAGUUCUGCUUCGAGGUGACGUACUCGGGCGGCAGCAAGUGUUUCAGCUGCACUUCGGCCUCAGAGAGAGACAAGUGGAUGGAGAACCUGAGGAGGACAAUUCAGCCCAACAAGGACAACUGUCGGCGGACGGAGAACCUGCUGCGGCUGUGGAUCAUCGAAGCCAAAGACCUGCCGCCUAAGAAGAAAUAUUUCUGCGAGCUGUGUCUGGACGACGUCCUGUAUGCCCGAACCACCAGCAAGACCCGCCACGACAACUUGUUCUGGGGCGAGUACUUCGACUUCUCCAGCCUGCCUGUCGUGCACAGCAUCACAGUGCACAUCUACCGCGACGUGGACAAGAAGAAGAAGAAGGACAAGAACAACUACGUGGGCCUGGUCAACAUCCCGGUGUCGGGCGUGACGGGCCGGCAGUUUGUGGAGAAGUGGUACCCGGUCAGCACGCCCACCACCAGCAAGGCCAAAGGAGGGGGGCCGUCCAUCCGCAUCAAGUCCCGCUUCCAGACCAUCUCCAUCCUGCCCAUGGAGCAGUACAAGGAGUUCGCCGAGUUCGUCACCAACAACUACACCAUGCUGUGCUCGGUGCUGGAGUCCGUCAUCAGCGUCAAGAACAAGGAGGAGAUGGCCUGCGCUCUGGUCCACAUCCUGCAGAGCACCGGGAGGGCGAAGGACUUCCUGACGGACCUGGUGAUGUCGGAGGUGGACCGCUGUGCCGACCACGACGUCCUGAUCUUCAGGGAGAACACGCUGGCUACCAAAUCCAUUGAGGAAUACCUGAAGCUGGUGGGACAGAAAUACCUGCACGACGCACUCGGGGAGUUCAUCAGGGCCCUGUACGAGUCGGAUGAGAACUGUGAGGUGGAUCCCAGUCGGUGUUCUGGUGCAGAUCUGCCUGAACACCAGAGUAACCUGAAGAUGUGCUGCGAGUUGGCUUUCUGCAAGAUCAUCAACUCCUACUGUGUGUUUCCUCGGGAGCUGAAGGAAGUGUUUGCAUCAUGGAAGCAGCAGUGCGUCGCUCGCGGCCACCAGCAGGACAUCAGCAAGCGUCUGAUCAGCGCCUCUCUCUUCCUGCGCUUCCUGUGUCCCGCCAUCAUGUCGCCGUCGCUCUUCAACCUGAUGCAGGAGUACCCAGACGACCGCACGUCCCGCACGCUCACGCUCAUCGCCAAGGUCAUCCAGAACCUCGCCAACUUCACCAAGUUUGGCAACAAAGAGGAGUACAUGGCCUUCAUGAACGACUUCCUGGAGCACGAGUGGGCAGGGAUGAUGCGUUUCCUGUCUGAGAUCUCCAACCCGGAGACUCUGUCCAACACGCCAGGCUUCGAGGGUUACAUCGACCUCGGCCGCGAGCUGUCGGUCCUGCACGCUCUGCUGUGGGAGGUCGUCUCUCAGCUCGACAAGGGUGAAAAUUCCUUCCUGCAGGCCACCAUAGCCAAGCUGGGCCCGCUGCCGAGGAUUCUGGGAGACAUCUCUCGCUGUCUGGCUGCUCCCACGCCCGUCCAGCAGCAGCUGCGCCGUUUCCAGGACCACAGCUCCGCCCACAACAUCAGCGGCAGCCUGUCGUCAGGGUUACAGCGAAUCUUUGAGGACCCGGCCGACAGCCACAGCGAGGUCCGCAGCCUGCAGUCUCCAGUCAGCGACAUGGUGGAGGGUUACGUUCAAGGUCAGCGCCCCCUGCUGGCUCAGCAGCAUCCCUCCGCCCACACCAGCUUCUCAGACCAGGAGGAGCGAGACAACCUGCUGCCCAACGGUCGCAGCAUCUCCCUGGUGGACCUGCAGGACACCCAGAGCCUGCACGGCCCCGCGGGGCCCCCGCCGCACCACGAGGCCCCGCCCCGCCUCAGCCGGGCGGGCUCCCAGGCCUCCAUCGGUCAGCUCCCGCUCAACUACCCCCACUCCAACCCUGUCACACCCCAGCCGGCGCCGCACCUGACCAAAGCUGUGCCGAGAGAUGGCCAACCGCAGAGCGCGCCGCAGGCGAGGCGGCCGCUGCACCCGUCGCUCAGCCAGCAGCGCAGCCUGCAGCCGCUGUCCUUCCAGAACCCCGUCUACCACCUGAGUAACCCCGCCCACGGCCUGUCCGCGCACUCCGCCCACACGCCACGGCUCCACGACUCCAGCUCAGAGAACCUGAGCACCGAGAGCUCCCACAACAGCCACAGCAACUCCGACGACUUUGGCAGCCAGGUGGGGGUCAAAGGUCGCGUGCCGUCCAACAGCAGCCUGGACGAGCUGGGCAGCAGGCGGAGCACGCAGAGCGAGGAGUGUUCCACUCCACGGCGACACGCGCCACCCGACCUUCCGCCCGGCACCGCUACAGCGGUGGCCAUCCCCCGGCAGAGCACGACGGCGGGCACCGCCCACAUCAUCAAGGUGGAGCAACAGAGCAGGGCAGGGGGCGGAGCCAGGACGCCACGCUCCCUCCCUCACAGCGCGUCACUGCGCAGCAGCAGCAGUGCCAACACUGAGCCCACGCCCGCCACGAGCCUCGUGCCCCGCCAGCAGUCCCCCUGCUCUGUGGAGAACGUGGCUCCGCCCCCCAGGAGCGCCACCAAGCAGCCACAGCAGGUUGCGUCUCCGGUGGAGGCCGUGGCCUUGUCCCCGGUGGAGAGGACGGCGGCCUGGGUGCUCAACAACGGCCAGUACGAGGAGAAGGAGGAGGAGGGAGGAGAGAGGAGCAGGGAGGAGGGGAGGAACCCUGAGAAGUAUGAGCUGGAGAUCUCGCGGCUGAAGGAGCGCCUGCGGGCGUCCGGCCGGCGGCUGGAGGAGUACGAGCGGCGGCUGCUGGCUCAGGAGCAGCAGAUGCAGAAGCUGCUGCUGGAGUACAAACAUCGUCUGGAGGACAGCGAGGACAGACUGAGGAGACAGCAGGAGGAGAAGGACAGCCAGAUGAAGAGCAUCAUCUGCAGGCUCAUGGCGGUGGAGGACGAGCUGAAGCGGGACCACGCUGAGAUGCAGGCGGUGAUCGAAGCCAAACAGAAGAUCAUCGACGCUCAGGAGAAGCGGAUCGGCUCUCUGGACGCGGCGAACUCGCGGCUGAUGGCGGCGCUGACGCAGGUGAAGGAGCGCUACAGCUCGCCCAACCUCCGCAACGGCCUGUCACCCACCAACCCCACCAAACUGUCCAUCACUGAGAACGGAGAGUUCAAGAACAGCAGCUGCUGAUUGGCUGAGCAGGAGACGAGGGGCGGGGCCUAACCUGUGGCUCCUCCCCCUCCAGCCGCAGACAGCAGGUCUAUAAAUACGAGUGUAAAUACUGAAGCUUUGGUCAGUUCUGUGUACAGUGUGUGUGUGUGAGUGUGUGUGAGUGUGUGUGCAGCAUCACAGAAGCACAGUGAAACUAAAACGACUUUUCUAACCAACCUUUUUUAUGGUUUUUAUUUGACUCUUUGGAGUUUGUGUUUGGAGUGGAGCUUCUUCCUGUUUUUACCUGACGACUUGUUCUCAGGUUUAAUUUAUUCCUCCACGUCGUCCCCGCGUCGUUGCUACUGAACGGACCCCCGUAGGGUCAAAGGUCACUCACCCGUCUGCUGUCCACGUGUUGAGAUUAAAGCUGCCUGGAAGUCGGACUGUCGUCUCAUUUCUGCCGUCUGUUUAGUCAAUAAAAAGGGAUUCUAACCUG